CUGAAGAGCUCCAUGAUUUUGAUGAGGCACCUUUUAAUGGAUGCUCAGGCCAAAAUCCUGAGCAUGAUGGAAGACAAUAAGCAGCUCGCGCUCCGCAUCGAUGGGGCGGUCCAGUCGGCCAGCCAGGAGGUGACCAACCUGCGAGCCGAACUCACGGCCACCAACCGGAGACUGGCGGAACUGAGCGGAGGCGGCCCCGGCCCGGGCCCGGGAGCCGCGGCCAGCGCCUCGGCGGCGGCGGCGGCGGAGAACAUGGAGAACCAGCAGCAGGCAGGCGCGCAAGCGCUCCUUCGUGAAGAGGUAUCCCGGCUUCAGGAGGAAGUGCACCUUCUCCGGCAGAUGAAGGAGAUGCUGGCCAAGGACCUGGAGGAGUCGCAGGGCGGCAAGGCCUCCGAGGUCCUCUCAGCCACCGAGCUCAGGGUGCAGCUUGUGCAGAAGGAGCAGGAGCUGGCCAGAGCCAAAGAGGCCUUGCAGGCCAUGAAGGCCGACCGGAAGCGCUUAAAGGGUGAGAAGACGGACCUGGUGAGCCAGAUGCAGCAGCUGUAUGCCACGCUGGAGAGCCGCGAGGAACAGCUGCGGGACUUCAUCCGCAACUAUGAGCAGCACCGCAAGGAGAGUGAGGACGCGGUCAAGGCCCUGGCCAAGGAGAAGGACCUGCUGGAGAGGGAGAAGUGGGAGCUGCGGCGCCAGGCCAAGGAGGCCACGGACCAUGCGGCGGCCCUGCGCUCCCAGCUGGACCUCAAGGACAACCGCAUGAAGGAGCUGGAGGCCGAGUUGGCCAUGGCCAAGCAGUCCUUAGCCACGCUGACCAAGGAUGUUCCCAAGCGGCACUCACUCGCCAUGCCAGGCGAGACGGUGCUCAACGGCAACCAAGAGUGGGUGGUGCAGGCGGACCUCCCGCUGACGGCGGCCAUCCGACAGAGUCAGCAGACUCUCUACCACUCCCACCCUCCCCACCCCGCAGACCGGCAAGCGGUCAGGGUGAGCCCCUGCCACUCCCGGCAGCCCUCGGUCAUCUCCGACGCAUCUGUGGCUGAAGGCGACCGGUCAUCCACGCCGAGCGACAUCAACUCCCCUCGACACAGGACGCACUCCCUCUGCAACGGCGACAGUCCCGGCCCGGUUCAGAAGAACCUGCACAACCCUAUUGUACAGUCACUAGAGGAUCUUGAAGACCAAAAACGGAAAAAGAAGAAGGAGAAGAUGGGAUUCGGCUCCAUCUCCCGCGUCUUUGCCAGGGGGAAGCAGCGGAAGUCCCUCGACCCCGGUCUCUUUGAUGACUCGGACAGCCAGUGCAGCCCCACGAGGCACAGCCUCAGCCUGUCGGAGGGCGAGGAGCAGAUGGACCGGCUGCAGCACGUGGAGCUAGUCAGGACCACGCCCAUGUCCCACUGGAAGGCCGGCACCGUUCAGGCCUGGCUGGAGGUGGUGAUGGCCAUGCCCAUGUACGUCAAGGCCUGCGCGGAGAAUGUGAAGAGCGGAAAGGUGUUGCUGAGCCUGAGCGAUGAGGACCUGGAGCUGGGCCUGGGCGUGUGCAGCUCCCUGCACCGGCGCAAGCUCCGCCUGGCCAUCGAGGAUUACCGCGACGCAGAAGCGGGCAGGAGCCUGUCCAAAGCAGCUGAGCUGGACCAUCACUGGGUGGCCAAGGCCUGGCUGAAUGACAUCGGCCUGUCGCAGUACUCCCAGGCCUUUCACAACCACCUGGUGGACGGGCGGAUGCUGAACUCCCUGAUGAAGCGGGACCUGGAGAAACACUUGAAUGUGUCCAAGAAGUUCCACCAGGUCAGCAUCCUGCUGGGCAUCGAGCUGCUCUACCAAGUGAACUUCAGCAGAGAGGCCCUCCAGGAGCGCCGGGCCCGCUGCGAGACGCAGAACACGGACCCCGUGGUCUGGACCAACCAGAGGGUGCUCAAGUGGGUGCGCGACAUCGACCUGAAGGAGUACGCAGACAACCUGACCAACAGCGGCGUGCACGGCGCUGUGCUGGUGCUCGAGCCCACGUUCAACGCCGAGGCCAUGGCCACCGCCCUGGGCAUCCCCAGCGGGAGGCACAUCUUGCGCAGGCACCUGGCCGAGGAGAUGAGCGCCGUCUUCCACCAGGCCAGCUCCAUAGGCAGCCGGGAGGCUGAGCGCCUUGGGACACCACCCCGCAGGGCCUCCAGCGUCACCCGGGCAGGGAAGGAAGAGAACAGCGCUGGCCUCAAGUACAAGGCUGGCCGGCUGCCCCUGGGGAAGAUAGGACGAGGUUUCAGUGGCAAAGACCUCGAUUUCCAUGAUGACUAUGGCUCUCUUCAAAACGAAGACUGCGGAGACGAGGACCCCCAGGGCGGGCCGGAGCGGUGUGGCCUGGACGGCUGCAAUGGCCUGGAGGCCACCAAUGUGUGACGGAUGAGUAGCUCCCCCAGACUCCACACGGACAGGCCUGGGCUCUGCCUCCAUGUACAGCACGACCUCAGGCUGCGGCUGUGCCUGUCUCAGGCAGUCACGGACUCUUCCGCUCGGCAGGAGACAGGUGAGGACGUGUCACAGGACAUGCAGCUCCUCCCACGGCUGCCACAGAGCCAACAUGUUGCAAAGGGGCCGAUGAGUCCCAAGUCCCCUCGACAGGUCAGCAGGGGACUCCCAGCAGCCCAGCACCUGGCACGUGGACAAAACCUGCAGCAGGCAGCAACAGCAGGUGGCAGGGAUGACAUCUGCAAUAACAGCCACUGGGCACUGGGCAGCAGCCUCCUCAGCCUUCCUUCCUGGGAAGUGGGCUCUGACCAGGGUCACUAACUAACUCUCUCUUUGGGGAGGCGAUGGAAGCCCUCGUUUGUGUCCCAUGGGGACAGCCAAGGGAAGAUGCUCCCCGCAGAGGACAGGGGACAGGUGGGCCUGGUGGAACAUGGAAACAGCAUUCCCAAUCUGCUGUCACUGGAAUGACAGCCACUGUGACCCUAGGACCGGGGCAGCCAAGUUCAGUCAGCGACAGCUGCCCCAAGUGUAGGGAUAACUUCAGCAUCUGGCACAAGGAAAUGCCCGCGACUGCUAACUGACCUUUGCUAUGAUGUGCCUGUCACUCAGUAGUACAGGUCCCAAGGGGCACAGUCACAGGGUGGCAAGGUGAGAGCCUGCAGCCCUUUUCUUGCCCCACCACUGUUCUGCUGUGUGACUCUUCCCCGGGGCCACACCUCUCUGUGCCUCAACUCUCCUGGUGCCUUCCCAGGAGGAGUAAUACUUGCUAACGUCUGUAGCCUACUUUGGACUGCUUAUCCUGGGGCAAUGGGGUGUGACGG